AUGCCUGCUGAGCGAACCGUUCAUUGGGGCCCUCUGACCGGGGGCGACAAUGGUGGCGAGUUUACAUUUUUUAAAGAAAACAAGUCCUUGAGACGGCUGGAUAUAUGGUACGGUAAUGGCUCGGGAGGUGCCGCGCCGUACACUGUCCUGAAAGGGAUUAAGGUUACAUGGGAUGGAGGAGAUGAACAACACACAGAAAACACACCUGAUCCCGAGGCAGCAGACAAGGCAAAUAUACUGCACUCGGCUUACGUUUUCGAAAACAAUGAGGUUAUUGAGUGGAUGGAUGUCUUUGGGCACGCCCCGGAUGGGCGUGCUGACUCACUCAGAUUUUUCAGCCGAGACACGGGAAAGUUCUUUGCGGCUGGAGGAACUGGGGGGGAAAAAGGUAUUCAGCUUGAUGGUCACAAGCGCGGAAUACUAUAUCACGACUUGAACUGA